UUCAUAGAAAACAACAAGAAGUAAAGUUAAAAGCCUACUUAACACUUUGGUUUCAACCUUCUACAAGAAAGCUAAAUCACUAACCAUGAUGAAGCACUUGCUAAGCAUCUUCUUCAUAGGAGCUUUGUUACUUGGAAACAUCAAAACAAGUGAAGGAUCUUUGUCUUCUGCACUUGAAACUACUCCAGGGAGCUUGCUAUCCGAUCUCUGGCUAGACCGGUUCCCCGAUCCAUUCAAGAUCUUGGAGAGAAUCCCAUUAGAACUCGAGAGGGACACGAGUGUGGCUCUGUCACCAGCAAGAGUAGACUGGAAAGAAACAGCAGAAGGGCAUGAGAUACUGCUCGAUGUCCCCGGUUUAAAGAAGGAUGAAGUAAAGAUAGAAGUUGAGGAGAAUCGAGUUUUACGAGUCAGUGGAGAAAGGAAAAGAGAAGAAGAGAAGAAAGGAGAUCAAUGGCAUAGAGUGGAGAGAUCAUAUGGAAAGUUCUGGAGACAGUUCAAGCUACCUGAUAAUGUGGAUAUGGAAUCUGUCAAAGCCAAGCUAGAGAAUGGUGUGCUCACUAUUAACCUCACAAAACUAUCUCCUGAAAAGGUCAAGGGUCCAAGAGUUGUUAACAUUGCAGCUGAAGAAGACAAAACUGCAAAAAUCAGCUCUUCUGAAUCCAAAGAACUCUAAAUGAAUAUAAGUUUAUCUAUCUAUCUAUCUUUGAGUGUGAAGAGAGUUUAUAAAUCCAAGGAUUUGAGUUUUAUUUUGUGUAAGCAAAAUAGAGUGUGAUGUGUUGUAAACUAUCUACCAAAAUCUGUGUAAUCUUCUAUAUGGAAUAAAAUUGUCUUUCUUUAUAUUGUAUAGUCUGUUGAUUAUUUUUUAUAGAACAUCAUUCAUGUAAUAAAGAUCUGUGGAUUUG